AUGCCACCUCCUCCAAUCCACCGUCGCCAAGAAUCAAACACCAGCUAUUCCCGCCCCUCAACCCUUCCAGGAAGAGACUACACAACCCAGACAUUCAACACAAACCCGAACACCACAUACACACCCAGCUACAACUCCAAUGCCUCCACCCCUUCCAUGUCCGCUGCCAAAUCACGACAAUAUGCCCAUCUUCAUUCCCAGCUCGCACAGCUCAACGCCAACCUUGCCGACACGGAGAACUUACUCCGCAUGACGGCUGUGCAGGCGGCGGACAUGCGCUUUCUAGGCGGGUAUUCUGGGGCGUUGUUUAUGGGAUCUGCCAAAAUUCUGGGUGAGGAGGGGGUUAAGGGAAAUGCGGAUAAGGAUAAGAAGGCUGAUUCUGGAGAGGGAAUCAAGAAGGAGGAGAGUGACGAGGAUUGA